CUAGCUCUCAUUGUUGGGUGGGAAGAAGGUGGCUGAUACCGGAAGCGGAAGUUAGGACGGGGAGAGGCUGUGACCUGCUCCCGCCCGGAGUCUUGCUGUCUCCUUGUUUCAGAACAAGGGAAACUGGCCCAGAGACGGAGGGACCAUGGAUGAAUUCUCAGACCCUGAUCUGGCUGUUUUGGGUGAGGAGUCCAAAUCGGAGAAUGGAGAGAACGCCCCAGUUUACUGCAUCUGUCGCAAACCUGACAUCAAUUGUUUCAUGAUAGGCUGUGAUCACUGCAAUGAAUGGUUCCAUGGCCACUGCAUUAACAUCACUGAGAAGAUGGCAAAGGCCAUCCGGGAGUGGUACUGCAUGCAGUGCCGAGAGAGAGACCCAACACUUGAGAUCCGGUACCGGCAUAAAAAGUCCAAAGAAAAGGACCGUGAAGGUGAAAGGGAACGUGCUGAGAAGGAUGAGAUGCGUAUGAAAGCGCAGGAACUAGCACUGGAGCAAAGUCGUAGCUCAAAACAGAUCAAGCGCUCAGCGCGGAUGUGCGGUGAAUGUGAGGCUUGCCGGCGCACAGAGGAUUGUGGCCAGUGCGAUUUCUGUCGUGACAUGAAGAAAUUUGGGGGGCCCAACAAGAUCCGCCAGAAGUGCCGCCUGAGGCAGUGCCAAGUUCGGGCUCGGGAGUCCUAUAAAUAUUUUCCAGCUUCGAUGUUACGGGGGCGGGAGGAUGAUCUGCAGAUGCUAAAGGAACAGCUAGAAUCGGCUACCACGCCCGAACCUCUGUCGGAUGACGAUCUACACAUAGAUCCCGAUUUGUAUCAGGAGCUUUGUUCAGGGGCCUUCGAUGAUCAGAACCUGCCUUGGCUCAGCGACACAGAUGAUGGACACUUCCUUGAUCCUAUGUUGCGGAAGCGUGCUGUGAAAGUGAAGCAUGUCAAGCGGAGGGAGAAGAAGUCAGAGAAAAAGAAGGAAGACAAAUACAAGCGUCACAAGCAGAAGCAGAAGCACCGUGACAGGUCCAAGCAUGCAGAACGGGUGGAUGCUAAAGACCCUUCCUCAUUACACCAGUGCCUUGGCCCUGGCUGCAUCCAGGCUGCACGGGCCAACUCCAAGUACUGCUCUGAUGAAUGUGGCAUGAAACUGGCAGCCAACCGCAUCUACGAGAUCCUCCCACAACGAAUCCAGCAAUGGCAGCAGAGCCCAUGUGUGGCGGAAGAGCAUGGCAAGAAGCUGCUGGAGCGGAUAAGGCGGGAGCAGCAGCAGGCACGGCUCAAGCUCCAAGAAAUGGAACGCAGAUUCCAUGAACUGGAAGCAAUCAUUGUCCGGGCCAAGCAGCAAGCCAUCAAAGAGGAUGAAGAGACCAGCGAAGGAGACAGUGAUGAUACAGACUUUCAGAUAUUCUGUGUUUCCUGUGGCCACCCGAUCAACCCCAAAGUUGCCUUGCGUCACAUGGAGAGGUGCUAUGCUAAGUAUGAGAGCCAGACAUCCUUUGGGUCUAUGUAUCCCACACGUAUUGAAGGGGCCACCCGUCUUUUCUGUGAUGUCUACAAUCCACAAAGCAAGACCUACUGUAAACGCUUGCAGGUUCUAUGCCCAGAGCAUUCCCGGGAUCCUAAGGUCUCAGCAGAUGAGGUCUGUGGCUGCCCCAUGGUAAAAGAUGUAUUUGACCUCACCGGGGAAUUCUGCCGUGUACCCAAACGGAAAUGCAAUAGACACUACUGUUGGGAAAAGCUGCGGCGGGCUGAGGUGGACCUGGAGAGAGUGCGCGUGUGGUACAAGCUGGACGAGCUGUUUGAACAGGAGCGGAACGUACGGAUGGCCAUGACCAACCGGGCUGGGCUUCUCGCCCUCAUGCUUCAUCAGACAAUCCAGCACGAUCCACUGACUACAGACUUGCGUACAACCACUGACCGCUGAGCUAGUGCCGUUGACAUUGUGGACAGAAGCUUCACGAUUCAGUGCCAAUUGAACCAGAAUCUUUUUUUUAAAUGGUUUUUCUUAAACUCUUUUUUCAUUAAAAUGGUCUGGUGUAGCUUUUGCCUCUGAGCCCCUCCUCCUUGUUCCUGUGGAAUCUAGCUGUCUUUGCCUGUAACCCUUUUGCCAAUGAUUCCUUAGCCUUGCCCAUGUAUGGUCCAUUUUUCUAAAAGAUUCAUGGGGUUUAAACACUGGAAGGUUGGCAGUUAGGGACGUUAGUGGCUUCUUCUGCUAUCCUGCCAAAGUGAAAGGAAAUUUUUGGUUCCUGCUGGUUUAGGGCAAUCCCUACUUUCUGAAGCAGAAUGUUAGUGAGAUUUGUGAUGCUGGGUUGCAUCAAAGGCAAUUGUAGGCAUUGAAUGUUGUUGCUCUUCCAUGUAGCUGAUGUCAGCUAGGAGAACUGGAAACAGGGGGUUAAAUAGGCUGUCAAAUCAGGGCAAGGGAACCAGUUGCUUUACAAAUGUCUCAUCCCAUUGUGUGCUGUUGCCAGGAGGCAGAAAAGAGGCUAAUAAAAAUAUCUCUCAACAUUCUGUCUCUUUCUCCAUGUAUAUGUGUGUUGUAUUUUGGGCUAGUGUCUCCUAAUUUUGGAUUACUAUUUUAGCUAUUGCUAUUUUCUCUAUCUUUAUCCUUGCCUCUAACUCAGACCUCUUCCUCAAGCUUGGUAACUUCCCCUCCAUGUCCAAAAUUAUGGAGGGUCUGCCUCUUAUCAUCCUGGUUAAAUUGAAAGAUUAAUCAGCCUUCUUUAGACUCAGUUUGAUGAGCAGGUUGUCAACGUGUCCCUCUUACUUCUCUGUUCUCUUUUGUGUGCGCCAUUCCCUUGACAGAAAGACUUCCUGGUUUCUUUCCUACACAACUUAAGGGAAGUAAACUUGACUUCACCUGCUUUAACCUGAGAGUGACUCUAUGAUGCACAUGAGAAUCAAAAUCUUUUCCUGCUUCCUUUCAAAAGUAGAUCAUUGUAUUUAGCGUAUUCAUGAAACUUGAUCUUGAUGUGAUUCUGUUAAUCUUUGCAAAGCACUUUGAAAUGACAAGAAGCAGAAAGCACCAUAUAGCAACCACUCCUUGCUUGUAGGGGGGAAGUGAUUGUGAGUGUGUUUUGCAUUUAGGUGCUAUGAAUGUGUGUUUGUGAAAUCUCAGGGCCAAUAAGCUAUUCCUAAUUAUGUGUACAGGAUGGAGUCAAUUUUAUCCAUAGGAGUAAGGUUUUUAAAAAUGUUAUUCCUAUUUGAUGGCUAAAUAUGCAAAGGGCAUGUGGGAGGAAGUCUAGGGAUUAAAAAUAGGCCAGCAAUACCUUUUUGUAUCCUUUUACCUAGUUACAUCAAUCCUACAAGGUUUAGCAUACUUAUGUCCUGUUGAAUAUAUUCAUAGCAGUAGGUUGCAAAUCGUAGUUCUUCAGUCCCACUGUAUUUCCAUAACAGGAACUGGAAUAAAAAAUAUAUGACAGAACCAUUUACUUGAACUGACAGAUCUGAAAGUUUUUUUUUAAAUUCCUGUAUAUCUUCAGAGGCCAGUAGAAGUAUACAGUGCUGGUUUGAGAACUAAAAUAACAGAAUGAAGUCUGUUACAUUAACUUAAUUUUUGAAUGUUUUCACUGCUGGAGAAGAAUCAAGGCCAAAGAUGCAAAGUACAGUGUAAUAUAAAUGAAGUGAAGUCUCCAACAUUGCCCUUUAGUAUUAUAAUACAGGUUGAGUCUCCCUUAUCCAAAAUGCUCAGGACCAGCGGGGUUUUAUAUUUUGAAUUUAUUGGAUUUUGGAAUACCUGUAUUUGCAUCUACAUACAGUACAUAAUGAGAGAUCUUG